AUGUUUCGUUUCACCGAGCUCGUCUUGGUCGCCGCGACCUGGUCGCUUGCCGCUGCGCAUACUGUUAUGGUCUACCCACCAUGGAGAGGAAACAACAUCCACACAAACGGCACCCUGUCGCCCACCGACCCGACUAUCCCAGAUGGAUCGCUUGGAAUAAACUACCACAAAGACACCGACUCGUAUGGGUUUCCAUAUGGCAUGCAGUGGAUGUACCCUUGCGGAGGAAUGCCAACCUCGCGUAACCGAACAAAGUGGCCCCUCAAGGGUGGUGCCGUUUCUAUCCAACCAGGAUGGUUCCCUGGCCAUGCCCUCGCUCAAAUCUACAUCAACAUGGGAUACGGAAAUGAGCCUCUGAACUAUUCCCAUACCAUGUUGCCCGUUUUCCAAAUCACCGGACCCACGAACCAGGAAUACGGAGGCCAGUUUUGCUUGCCCCAAGUACCAUUACCUGCCAACUACACGCCUAAAGUCGGAGACAAUGCUACCAUCCAGGUCAUUGAGCUGGCGCAACAUGGCGCCGCCCUCUACAACUGCGCCGACAUCACAUUUGCCGAACCAGGGGACGCGGAAAUACCAGAGGUCAACGCAACAAACUGCAGAAACACAACCGAACCAGACCAGAAAAUCGGCUUCCAAGUUCUAUACGCAACAACAUCAUCGCGAGCGCAACACACCAUUGUCGUAAACGGUUAUGCCUCGAUACUAGUACCAGCAAUGCUUGCAGCCGCAUCCUGGUUAACAUGGGUCGUUUAA